GCGUCAUUUAGUUUCGAAUAUCGCCACUCCGGGCAACGACGUGUCGUAGUGUUGCUGCCGUUCGUUCUGUCGGUUUUGUUUUUCUCCUCCUGCCCCAUUCCACUCAUUCCGAACCGGUGUGUGAUUUGUGUGCUUACCUGGCUGGUAUUGUUGGAUUACCUGGCACCUCACCUCCCCUGACCCGUCGGAUCGCGCUGUCCUGUCGGGUAACGAGACCGGGGUGCAGCCUUUGCAGGACCAAGGGUAUGCGAGAGUGAGCGCGCGAUUUGACGUUGAAUGUGACGACACAGGAUAAACAAUAGAAGUAUGCGGGUGAUUUGAAUUUUAUUAUCGACUGCAACGGCAAAGGUAAACAAGGUGUGGUGUAUUGGAGAAACUUACACCGACGAGGGCUUGAUUAAGUGGUGAAGCUGCAAUCGUUGUUAGGGAGUGAUUAACUAGCGAUUGAUUAUGCUAAUUAAUGGUUACUUAAUUUGGCUAAUUACGGCAACUGGUCUACUGUGGCGGGUGUGAGCGUGUGUUUACAUUAGGCGCUUGUGGCGAAAACAACAACAGUUGAAGAGUGUGCUGUACGCCGGAGGAAAAGUGAGACCAUCUGUUGCAAGGUGAAGUGCAAGCGAAGUAACAACAAACGAAGAGCGUGGAAUAAAGGUUUCUUGAAAACAGAAAUGUUUAUUUGAUUAAUUUAAGAAGCAACGCGUUCGUCCGACUGAAAACAGCAGCUUUUAAAAUAAGUGUGAUUGAUUUGGAUGUAAGUGGCUCAACAAGUAAACGAAUAUACCAGUGCACAAGUGAUACACAACUACUUCGCAGUUUUGGCCUUGAACAAAAAGUUUUGCGAAUUAAGUGGAGCUGAAUUGCAAAUCUAGACCAAACGCAUCGAAAACAGACGGGGAAGUUUAAAGUUUGAUUUGGUAUUCCGACUGAAGGGUCAACCUUAAAGGGGUCUAUCGAUUUGCAGCGAAACCGAUCGGACACUGAUCGACAGUUUGUCCCCACGGUGAUUGAUUCCACUUUUACGGUGAUUGUGAUUGCGGUGCGAUACUCAUCCGAAGAGCCGCUCAGGCGGAACGAUGAUGUUUGGUGGCGGCCGCAGUGUACGGUCGUGAUGAGCUCCAACGACGUCCGAUGGACUGGAAAAAUGGUUGAGUGAAAAAUUGCGUGCUUUGUGGUGGCAGAAAAAGUGCGCCAAUUUGGCGGAAAUUCGUUUGGAUUUGGAUGUUUGUGCGGAGUAGUUUACAAUCCGUUUGAAUUGAACCUGAGACACAACGAACACAACUUGCUGCGUGUACGGCAGCAGUGGAGUUUGAUUUGAGCAAUAGACUACUGGUUGUUUAACACAGGAUGGAUUCAGCAAGAGGAGUACGACGGAACGAUUCGCCCAGAUUUAAUAAAGCAUCACGAUGGCUGCCAACGUUGGUGAUAGCGUUGUGUUUGGUUCUGAGCACCCACGCCGAUAAGACCAUGGACACCCGGGAGGGUGAGGACGUGACGCUCAAGUGUCGCUUCAACGAGCAUUACUCGGACCGGGAGUACUCGUACUACUGGGCCCGGCAGAGUCUCAACAAGUACGACAAUGUGGCCAUCAAGGCGGACACCUUCAACCAGAACUACAAAAUCGACUAUCGACCGGACAAGGGCAUCUACGACCUGCAGAUCCUGAAUGUGUCCUACUCGCGUGACAACGGUCGGUACGAGUGCCGCAUCAAGCUGUUCGGCGACGGCGAAGUCAUCUACGAAGACUACUACAAUCUGACGGUGCUGACGCCUCCGCAGCCUCCGCUGAUCUUCCCCGGCAGUGAAACCACUGCCACCGAGGACAAAGCUCAGGAACUGACCUGCAGCAGCGUUGGCGGAUCACCCGAUCCUGUGAUUUCAUGGUACCGGGAGGGUAGCACCACGCCAUUGGCAGCCAAUCUGAUCAGCGGUGGUUCCCGGGAUCUACAAACGACGAGCACUCUGACAAUCAUCCCUCGCCGAGAGGACGACGGAGCCAAAUUCAUGUGCGUGGUUUGGAAUCGUGCCCUGCCGGAAGGCCAACGACUGGAAACGGUCACGACACUAUCCGUUAACUAUUUCCCACGUGUUGAAAUUGGCCCCGAAAAUCCGUUGAGCGUAGAACGUGACCAGACAGCCAAGCUGGAGUGCAACGUUGAUGCCAAACCGAAACCGGAGCGAGUGCAGUGGACCCGCAAUGGCCGUUUUAUCUCGUCCCAUCCGGUACACACCAUCCAUCGGGUAUCGCUGCAGGACGCUGGAAAGUAUGCCUGCUCGGCUGACAACGGGCUGGGCAAGACCGGAGAACAGGAAAUCGUGCUGAAUGUCCUGUACCCACCGAUUGUUCAGAUCGAAUCCAAGACCAAGGAAGCCGAGGAGAAGGAAACCGUUCAGAUCAAGUGCAACGUCACGGCCAAUCCACCACCAGUCACAAUCGAAUGGUUGAAGGAGGGUGAUCUGGAGUUCAGAAGGAAUGGCGAUACUCUGACCUUACGGGAUGUACGAGCCGAGGACGCAGGAACUUACGUAUGCCGAGGUAUUAACAUCAUGAAACCGUACGGAGGGAAGACCUUAGAGCGUGAAGGUAAUGCCUCGAUUGCACUUCUGGUCCGUCAUCGUCCUGGCCAAUCCAUGAUCACACCGGAGAAACCCGUAGUUCACGUUGGUAACAGCGUAAGUUUGAUGUGCAAGGCUGAUCCUCCUGGCUGGCCUCUGGCUCAGUACCGCUGGUACCGUGACGUUGGUGGUGAAGUUUCCACAACUGUGAUCGCCCAAGGCGCCCAAUAUCUCAUUCCCAAGGCAGGUCUCCAAAGUGAAGGCAAAUAUUACUGCCAUGCUGGAAAUGACCUUGGCAAUGGUGGAAUGGCUAGCGCUGUACUCGAAGUUCAUCAACCUCCUCAAUUCCUGGCUAAAGUUCAGUCGAACAUGAUCCGACGCGCUGGUGAAACCGAUUUCACAGUUACAUGCAGUGCUAAGGGAAAACCUGAACCUACGAUCACCUGGCUGAAGGACGACAUCGAAAUUACCCCAGACUUGCACAUGUUUGAAAUGAAAACCAACGUUGAUAAGGGUCCCAAUGGCAUGGUCACGGUUCAAAGCAUGCUCAAGUUCGUUGGAAAGGUUCGCCCCAAUGGAAACGAUCUUAUGCCUGGAGAUCGCGGCCAGUACACCUGCUUGUACGAAAACGAAGUCAACAAGGCCAAUUCCACUAUGCAUCUGAAGAUCGAACACGAACCGAUUGUCCUUCAUCAGUACAACAAGGUUGCCAAUGAUAUUCGAGAAACGGCUGAGGUUCUUUGCAAAGUUCAGUCUUACCCGAAACCAGAAUUCCAAUGGCAAUUCGGAACCAAUCCAGCUCCGAUCAACAACAACGAGCACUAUGAAAUCAGUUCGACCUCGGACAGCAAUGACGUUUACACGAGCAUUCUAAAGAUCAACAACCUUCGCCAUCAGGACUACGGAGACUACCAUUGCCGUGUUUCCAAUGCUCUCAAUACUAUUCACGUUCCGAUCCGUCUUCAACCCAAAGGAUCCCCCGAGAAGCCAUCUAAGUUGAAACCGGUUGAGCUGGGUCCCAACUUUGUUGUCCUCUCCUGGACGCCUGGAUUCGACGGAGGCCUCAGCAAUACGAAGUACUUCGUAUCCUACCGCAAGAUCGUCAUCCCGAAUGAAAGCUUGGUGACGGACGAGUGCGCUGCCGUUGCUGCCAGCGGUGCCGAAUGGAUGGAGUUCGACUGCCGACGGGAAGUUCCCUGCACGAUCACUCCUCUCGAUCAUCAUCAAAGCUACAUGUUCAAAGUGAAAGCCCUCAAUACCAAGGGAGUUUCCGAACACUCCAACGAAAUCAGUGCCACGACAAAGGUCGAAAAGGUUCCCCUCCCACUGCACGCAUCUUUCGAUCCGGAAACCCGCAUCCUCGCGAUGAACAUCGGAACCACGUGCCUGUCGAUGAUUGCGAUCGUGGAAUCGGUCAUCUACGGUGACACCCCGAUGGCUGCUUGGCACAUCAUCGAAACGGUCGAGCUGGACGUCAAUGGUCACGAGCCAACCUAUGUGGAGCGGAAGAUUGAACAUUUCGUGGCCAACCGUCGGAACAAUGGACGAUCGCUCGGAACUGGACUGGAGGACAUUCCACUUCCCGCUUUGGAAGAUGAGCUUAAUCCGCGGGUGCGCGUCAAGCUGUGUUUGAAGAUCAACCACGAAUACUGCGGAGAUUAUGUCGAAGCUGAUAUAGGUCCCUCGCUUAUCACGGAGGCUUCGUUUGUUGAACUACCAACGCUCAUCGCCAUCGUUGUAUCCUGCAUCGUCGCCGGUUUGUUUGCCGUCCUGUUGUUAAUGUUCUGCCGCUGCAAACGCAAGCAGUCCAAGGAGUCAGCCAAGGCCAAGGAAUAUGAUAUCGAUUCGAUCCAUCCAUCGAUCGUGGCUCAGCAGAACCAAGCUCCUCCUCCGUAUUACUCUGCUAGCAGCUUGGAAAACAAGGCUCUGGAGCACUCCAUGGAUUUGGCGAUGGACCAGAAUACGGCACUUUACGCUAGUCAGCAAACGUACGGAUAUCAUCAACAGAACGCAAUGAUGCCUCAGGUUCCCCAGAAUGACUGGUCUAACAUGGGAUACGUGGAGAACUCUUACUCCAACUCGAACAACGGUGGAAGUGUCAACUCGCAGGACUCGAUCUGGCAGCUGAAGAUGUCGGCUGCGGCAUCCAACUCAGCGAACAUGAUCCCCCAGCACAACUACAUGGACCAGCCGCUGCAGCAGAACUACGGAUACGACCCGAUGACGCACGGUGGAUAUGGAGCCGUGGACGAUUACGCUCCCUACCCGCACCUGAUGACCACGGCCAGCCAGCACGGAGGCGAUGACUAUCACCCGAACAUGCGCAACAGCCAGAACCCGUCGCGCCAGGACUACUGCAGCGACCCGUACGCAUCGGUGCACAAGCCGAAGAAGCGGAUGGACCAGCAUAUGGACUUCGUCGCCGAAUCGCCGUACCAUGAUGUCAGCGGACUGCCCGAUCCGUACAUGGAGCAGGACGAGGUGAAAUCACCGGGCCCCAACCAGCAUCUCUCGAUGAGCUACGACGACGCUUUGGCACUGGAAAGUGGAUACUCGACUCCGAACUCGCGCAACCGCCGUGUCAUACACGAAAUUGUCGUGUAACAGGACAGCGCGUGCAGAAGAAUCGGAAAUCAGAAUCACCGGAAAAUAUAAAACAAGGACACGCUACAAGGAUACGCUGGGAACCAAGACGAAAGGUCAGAAUCAGUAAAACCACGAGAAACAAACUCUAAGCAGCACACUCACAGAGAUUAGUUCAAAUUUUUUAAUCGAAUCGAUAGCCGGCAGCAAUGGCGGUUGCAUAACUUCCAAGAAAAUCGUUAAAAUUGUACAAACAGUUUAUCAGAGGGCAGGCAUGCUGCAAGCUACACUGCACGAAAACGGAAGGGUGAAUACGAAAGUUUAUACAUUUAAAAAUAACGAUCGUCUGGACGAAACGGCUUCAGCCCAAGGGCUCUGUUUGAUCUCAAAUAACUCUUUCUGAGGCAAUCGCUGGAUGGUGCGGCCAAACUGUGAUUGUAAAUAUAACCAUAAGCGUAAAUAAGUUUAGCUCCAGUUAUUUUUAUGAAGCGUGUUUUACCCAGAAUAAGCAACAGAUAGGCAAAUUCUCACAUUGCAUCGACGAUGGAACAAACGACACGGAACGGCAACUUUAAACCAGACGGCUGGCAAGCUUUGGCAGCAGAGCGGUUGAUCGUCUCCGUAGUGCGCGAAACCGAAUGUGCCAUUAUUUAAUGUGUGUGUAAAUGUCAAAAUAUCAGAAAACACAUCGACUUGGGACGAAAUAAUUAUGUGAGGAUGCAGAAAAAGAGAAAACACAGAAAUAUGAGAUAAGAUCGAGUCACACGCUACUUGAAGAUAUGUGAAAUUUGAAACUCCAAAUUAUGAAUAUCGUAUGAGAUUAGGGGUAACAAAUAAGAAGUAAAGUUCGCUACUUAAGGUAAAGAACAAAGCUCGUUCAAGUCGAAUGGAUGCGUUUCCAAAAGUCGUCAAUACAUAUUUUGUAAGAUAUUUUAAGGCAAAAUGGUGCCAUUCUCAAUUCAUUUCGAAGCGGUUGCUACCUACUUUCGGUUCGGGUAGUGAUUCACUCUUGGAAUGAGUUCUGAUGAAUCUUCCACCUAAUUGUAGGAAUAUGAAGACGUGACACAUGACAACAAAAAUUAGUUCUAGACAUUUUCUUUCUGAUAAAAGUUAUCUCAUCAUAGAAUUAUUGAAUCUUUAUAUUGAACCGCAGCUGGAACAGUAAACCGGAUUAGUGCUACUGUGGCGUUAAGGGCAACAUUUCACAGGUGAUCCAAUUUAUAUUUGAAUUUAUACAAAAUUAGUUUUAGAUCAAUUUGAAUAAAAGUACAUUUACAUACCAUUCUAUAUUUUCUAAAUAGUCCAGAGUUGUAAUCUGAUCGCAGCUGAAUUAGUAAUGCAGAUAAUAAAUUUCCCCUUAAAAUCAUAAGGCACUACUCCAGCAGCUUUACUGAAAUAGUAAUACAAAGUUUCUUAUGAAGAAAUAUGCGUUGUGUCACUUGCCAGCUGUAAAAUUCGUCCUCCUCCAAUCGUAUCUUCAGUGUACUACACACUUUAAACUCCUCACGUUAAUUGUGUGAGAUUAAUUCAAAGUUGUAAAAUGUAAAUUGCCUUCCUUCUCCUUCCAUCUCCUCGGUAAUGUUAACAACUCUUCCCUCCGUAGUUUUAACGAAGAAAGAAAUAUGCUCGUUUUUCUACUUUUAAUUUUAGUUGCUAUUAUGUACGAUUUAAACCCAAACACACCGAUAAGGAUAAGAGUGCUAGGCGAGAAAUGAGUAAUUAAAAACUUGUACAUACCCCAACAACUCCCCCCACCUUUCCGAACAGUGUUUGUGACUGGUGGAACCGCGCGUUGAGUCUCAAUGUUGUAAAAAUGGAACGAAAGUGUUGCAGUUACAGUUGCAAAACACCUCCCUGGUUCUACCAACCCCCAAUGUUCCCUUCCAUCCCGCACAAGCUUGUUGAAAAGUCAACAGGCACUAAAUUAAAAGGGCUAAUCGUCGUCACCACUUCAUGCGCCAGCGGCCAUCCCUCUCCCACACUCUGCCUGAGCGGAAGGAGAACCAGCGCGAGCCAUUCCGGAAACGAGCAAGACGACAAAUGACUUCUUUACAUUCUGUGCAAAAUGCAGGGACGCGGGAAAAUGCAACUCAGUUAUGCAUUGAAACACUUUUCGAGAUUUGAGGCGGAAAUAUUGAAACAAAAAAAAAACACAGAAACCAGGAUAAGUUUCUGCUUGCAAGCAAUUUAUUCGACGUAAGCGAGAAUAAAAAGAAACACAAGAGUUAACGAAAGUUAUAGCAAGAGUUAACGAUGAAAGCACAACGAACGAUAGAAGAACAAGCAUCUCAGUAUCAAUUAGUGGAAACUUUGGCUCAAAAAACAGCUGGUGGCAUAGAAGAUUCAAAUUAUGAUCCUACUGAAUUGGAAUCAGAAAGCACUCGGUAAUAAGCGCCUGGCUUAAUUAGCGGGGAGUCGUCGAGUUCUUUCUGGCUCCAUGGCGGUAGCAUCGCGUCCAUAUAGUAGUGAGCGAAAGCAUGUUGUGUAAAUAUAUUGACUGAAAUUAUUAUUAUUGCUAUCAGCGGAUCUACUUAUUUUAGUACGAUUUGUAAGUACACAUUUUAGAUGUUAGGAGAAAAUUUUUUGAAGGAAAUAUAAAUUUAUUUUUAAUAAAACCAA